AAUCAACCAUCCUUUAACCUCCUCUUUUCCAACUUUUGUCCCUUUCCUUUUCUCAUUGGUGUUGAAGGAAAUGGAAACCCACUAAUCAAAAGAAAAAGAAGAAAUUAAUGUAUUAUUUAUUAUAUUUAUUAUAGGUGGAUAGGGUGGUCAACCCAUCAAAAAGUUUCCCUUCUCUCUUUCAUCAUAUAUUAAUUAAUUGAUUAAUCAAUUGGUUAAUUAAUUAUUAAGAUUCAUGCAGUCAUAUGGGUUGAUCACAUUCCCUUUCCAUGGCCUAUUAGCCAAAGGGAGGGGUUGAGGCAAAUGGAAAAGUGGGUUUGGGAGAGGAGGUUGCUGUGAUUUUGGGCAGAGCAUGUAAAUAAAUGAUUACCCAACAGGAGAAUCAUGAGCUCAACAAAUCCUCCAGGUCCCUCUACUCCACCGCAGAGGUUGGAAAAUUUGUUGACCCAACCAGGUAAUCGAGUUUGCGCCGAUUGUGGCUCUCCAGAUCCAAAAUGGGUGUCACUUAGUCUUGGUGUAUUUAUCUGUAUCAAGUGUUCUGGAGUGCACAGAAGCCUUGGUGUACAUAUAUCUAAGGUCCUCUCAGUGAAGCUAGAUGAGUGGACAGAUGAACAAGUUGAUUCUUUGACCAACGCGGGCGGUAAUGCCACUGUAAACACGAAAUAUGAGGCCUUUUUGCCUGAAAAUUAUAAGAAACCGCGACCAGAUUCUUCAACGGAGGAACGUGCGGAUUUUAUCAGGAGAAAGUAUGAGCUGCAACAUUUUUCGAGCUCCAAUGCAAUUAUACUAUCUACAGCGUAUUCCAAUUUCGCCGCACAAAACAACUGUUACAGCGGUAAAAGUUAUGAGAAACAACACACCGGAAUCCGUCAUGGUCUAGGCCAUGCCUUCAGAAACAGCUGGAGACGAAAGGAGUCAGAGAAUAAGGCCGCGAAGAAGAUGAUGGGGAUGGUCGAAUUUGUUGGUUUAGUAAAGGUCAACAUAAUAAGGGGGACCAACUUAGCCGUAAGGGAUGUGAUGACUAGCGAUCCUUACGUUAUCCUCAAUCUCGGACACCAAGUAAGCAAAUAUUUUCACCGAUUAAAUCUAAAUAUAUCGGGGUCGCGAAAUGGUUCAGGCUUUUUUUUUUUUUUCCUCCCUCUGUUCCCUUUGCAGUCGAUGAAAACACGCGUGAUAAAGAGCAAUUUGAAUCCAGUGUGGAACGAAAGGCUAAUGUUAUCGAUCCCAGAUCCCAUCCCGCCGCUGAAGCUGCAAGUGUACGACAAGGACACGUUCUCGACAGAUGAUCGGAUGGGGGAGGCGGAGAUAGACAUCCAGCCGCUGGUUUUUGCGGCAAAAGCCUACGAGAACUCCUCAGCCUUGGACUCGUUGCAGCUCGGGAGAUGGUUGGCCAGCGACGACAGUAAUCUAGUCAAGGACAGUGUCAUCUCUCUCGUGGACGGCAAGAUCAAGCAGGAAAUCACAUUAAGACUUCAGAAUGUCGAGCGAGGCGAGCUGGAGAUCGAGCUCGAGUGCGUCCCUCUCAGCCAAUGAUCAUCACACGACGAAGUACAAACUUUUCGAAUUACUCAUUGAAUCAAGUAUGCAGUUCACGAAACCGAAGGAGAGUGUUGAUUGAUCAGAUACGUUGUAGCCUCGCAUCGACAUUAAAACUAAUGAGAUGGUUCUCUCUUCUGUUUAUAUUUGCGCCAUUUUCGGAUCACAUAUUUGAUACAGUGGUUAGUUGUCAAUGGUAUUUGAUGAUUCAAAGUGCUUUCGCGGCUAUUUAUGCUGUAAGAGGAAGAAGUGUUCAUGACUCAUUUUAACUGAUGCAGUUUUGAGAGCUCCUUUAAGUUGCUUCAUAGUA